AUGCCCGGAUGCUACUCUCAUGAAGAGAUAUCAUCCCUGGAAAUGAUUCUCAAGGAUGAGGAUGAAUGUAUAGUGGUUACUAUGGCGGAUAUUGUAGAUGUGAGAUCUGAUCGUGGAUGGAUGUACACAUCAUGCAAACAGUGUAGCAAGAAAGUGGUUCCAGAUGGAGAAGGUUUCUUUUGCGAAAAGUGCCAAGCUAUAGUAAAAGCUGUUAUUCCCAGGUUCAUGAUGGACUGUGAGAUACUGGAUGACACUGGAUCAUGUCGUGUUUUAAUUUUUGACCGAGAAUUAUUCAAACUGCUUGGGUGUUCAGCAGCAGAGUUGAAGGCACGUCAAACUAAUCAGGAUGACUCCGAUGAAGGUAUAUUGUCAUAUAUUCUUGAGCAGAUAUCUUGGAAGAGGUAUUUGUUCAAGAUACGUAUUCCAGGAGAUUAUGUCAAUGGGAAUUCCAAUGUGUGUGUAGCUACUCGGUUGACAAAUGAUAAAGCCAUAAUGCAGUCUUUCUUGAACACAUCUUAUGAAGACAUUGCAUCAGAGGGUUGUACUUCCGUUGGUCUCACAGAAGAAAAGAACACUGAGCAGUGCCUGAUAGAAUCAUCAGACGGUGCAAGUUCUUCUGCUAAUCAAACUGUGCAUGCAAAUUUCUCUGAAUUAUCAAAAUUUGACUCAACCUCUACACACCAAGUGGCAAAUACAAUAGGCCCAGGUUUCGAAGCAAUGAAGUCCAUAGUAGAAUCUAAAGUUGCAAUUGUAAACACUGCCAAUGUUGAGAAGGCAAACCCCUUUGGUGAUCUCCCAUCAGCUAAUUGUCAAGUUGAGGUAGAGAGUAGCAAGCACAGUGCUGGUUUCAUGGAAAUCCCUUCUACUACGUCUGGACAUAAUGGUGCGAAGAACGGUACUAAAAAUAUGUUAAAUCAUCCACUUGGUGGAAAUCUUGAAGCUGAUGAGAAUAAUACAUCAUUUGCAAGACGCCGCAGAGCAAAACGCAAACAAAUCCAGGAAGAAUAG